GCCCCCAUUGGCAGCACUGAAUUGGCAACGUCGCGAAGUUGCCCAGGGAUUCCACAACAGGCUCACACCUGCUUGAGCCCGACUCUCCCACCGUUCCCCAGCGCGACCAGCCUCGUUCUGCCCACCAUGAACUACGGGAAGAAGGACGAGGACGCCGACGGCGGCCUGGUCAAGAUUGACCGGACCCAGGUUUUCCAGGAAGCUCGACUCUUCAACUCCUCGCCGAUCCAACCACGAAGAUGUCGCGUCCUUCUCACCAAGAUUGCCCUGCUCUUAUACACUGGAGAGAAGUUUCCGACUACCGAGGCGACUACCCUCUUCUUUGGCAUCUCGAAGCUGUUCCAGAACAAGGAUGCCAGCCUGCGCCAGAUGGUUCACCUCGUCAUCAAGGAGCUGGCCAGCUCCGCCGAGGACAUCAUCAUGGUCACAAGCACAAUCAUGAAGGAUACCGGAGGCAGCACCGACUCCAUCUACCGCCCCAACGCCAUCCGGGCGCUCUGUCGCAUCAUCGAUGCCACCACGGUCCAGUCCAUCGAACGUGUCAUGAAGACAGCGAUCGUCGACAAGAACCCCUCGGUGUCGUCUUCGGCCCUCGUUUCCGCCUACCAUCUCCUCCCCAUCGCCCGAGAUGUCGUCAAGCGCUGGCAGAGCGAGACCCAGGAGGCGGCGGCGAGCACAAAGUCGUCCGGCGGAUUCUCUCUGGGCUUCUCGUCGUCGUCGGGCAAUCUUCCCGUCAACAACUCGACCAUGACGCAGUAUCACGCGAUCGGUCUGCUGUACCAGAUGCGGAUGCACGACAGGAUGGCGCUGGUCAAGAUGGUCCAGCAGUUUGGUGCGGCCGGCGCCAUGAAGAACCCAGCCGCCAUCGUCAUGCUCGUCCGCCUCGCUUCUCAGCUGGCCGAGGAGGAUGCUCAGCUCAGGAAGCCCAUGAUGCAGCUCCUGGACGGCUGGCUCAGGCAUAAGAGCGAGAUGGUCAACUUUGAGGCGGCCAAGGCGAUUUGCGAGAUGCGGGACGUCACCGACGCCGAGAUCUCCCAGGCCGUUCACGUCCUCCAGCUCUUCCUCAGCUCCCCUCGCGCCGUCACCAAGUUUGCCGCUCUCCGCAUCCUCCACAGCAUCGCCUCCUUCAGGCCCCACGUCGUCCACGUCUGCAACCCGGACAUUGAGCUCCUCAUCUCCAACAGCAACCGCUCGAUCGCCACGUUCGCCAUCACCACCCUGCUCAAGACGGGCAACGAAGCCAGCGUGGACCGGCUCAUGAAGCAGAUCUCUGGCUUCAUGUCCGAGAUCACGGAUGAGUUCAAGAUCACCAUUGUCGAGGCGAUCCGGACUCUCUGCCUCAAGUUCCCCAGUAAGCAGGCCGGCAUGCUCCAGUUCCUCAGCGGCAUCCUACGCGACGAAGGGGGUUACGACUUCAAGCGUGCCGUGGUGGAGAGCAUGUUCGAUCUGAUCAAAUUCGUGCCGGAAUCCAAGGAAGAGGCUCUUGCCCACCUCUGCGAAUUCAUCGAGGACUGCGAGUUCACCAAGCUGGCCGUCCGCAUUCUCCAUCUCCUCGGCGUCGAGGGCCCCAAGACAUCCCAGCCUACCAAGUACAUCCGGUACAUCUACAACCGGGUCGUCCUGGAAAACGCGAUCGUGCGUGCGGCUGCGGUUACUGCGCUGGCCAAGUUUGGCGUAGGCCAGAAGGAUCCGGACGUCAAGCGCAGCGUGGAGGUCUUGCUCACGCGGUGCUUGGAUGAUGUCGAUGACGAAGUCCGAGACCGCGCAGCUCUCAACCUCAGGCUCAUGCACGAGGAGGACGAGUUGGCCACGAGGUUUGUCAAGAACGACACCAUGUUCGCGCUGCCGUAUUUCGAGCAGCAACUUGUCAUGUAUGUGACCUCGGACGACAGGUCAGCUUUCGAAACGCCCUUCGACAUCUCCAAGAUCCCCGUUGUUACACGGGAGCAGGCCGAUGCCGAGGACAGGACGAAGAAGCUUACCGCAACAACCCCGUCGCUCAAGCCGCCAAAGACCGGCCCGACCAAGGGGGCGCCCUCAGCCGCGGAAGCGGCCGCUUCUGCCUCGGCAGUGGCACAGAAGUACGCCCAGGAGCUGAUGCAGAUCCCCGAAAUGAGGGAGUUCGGCAACGUCCUCAAGUCGUCGCCCCUGGUGGAGCUGACGGAAGCCGAGACCGAGUAUGUGGUUGGCGUCGUCAAGCAUGUCUUCAAGGAGCACAUUGUGCUGCAGUACGAGAUCAAGAACACGCUUCCGGCAACGAUAUUAGAAAACGUGUCGGUGGUGGUAACGCCGUCGGAGGAAGACGAGUUCGAAGAUGUCUUUGUCGCGCAGGCCGAGAAGCUGGAGACGGACGUGCCCGGCAAGGUCUACGUGGUAUUCCGAAAAGCUCGUGGCGAAGGCGCCAUGCCUGUCAGCACCUUCUCCAACGUUCUCAAGUUUACCAGCAAGGAGAUCGACCCGACGACCAACGAGCCCGAGGAGACUGGUUACGAAGACGAGUACGAGGUGUCCGACUUCGAUCUGACGGGCAGCGACUACGUCAUCCCGACCUUCGCCAGCAACUUUGCACACAUCUGGGAGCAAGUCGGCGCGCAGGGAGAGGAGGCGGAAGAGACAUUACAACUGAGCGGCGUGAAGAGCAUACCAGAGGCGACCGAGCAACUAGCCAAGGCGCUCUCGCUCCAGCCGCUCGAGGGCACAGAUGUUCCCGUCAACCAGACGACGCACACGCUCAAGCUCCUCGGCAAGACGGUCAACGGCGGACGCGUGGUGGCCAACGUGCGCAUGGCCUACUCCUCCAAGACCGGCGUCACGACCAAGAUCACGGUCAGGAGCGAGGAGGAGGGCGUUGCGGCUCUGGUGGUGGCGUCGGUUGCUUAAUGAACGAAGGGGACGCAUGGCGUUGAAUUGUGUUUUCUUCUCCGUUACAAAAUUGAAGAGCAUUCUUCUUGUCAAAAUGCGCGGUGUCGGAGGCUACGUGUGUGUGCGGUUCGGACAUAGACCGAUAGACGCCUGUUGGUCAG